GCCACACCACCACAUGUAAACACGCCAGCCAAGUCGCACUCGCCUCGUCGUCCUCCUCCCUCCGCCCGCUUCUCCCCCCUCCUCCUCCCCCCUUUUGUCCCCGCCAGAACGUGCUCCGAACCCAGCAGCCGCAGCCGCCGCCGCCCCGCCUCGCCUUGUCUUCUCUUCUCCCUUUUUAUACCACCAAGGCUUCCUCUCCUUCCCCUUUCUCCCUCCCCUCUCCGCGAUGGUCGUUUCGAGUCGGUGAGCGAGCGAUUCAGGUGGUUGGCUUGGGGGGGAGUUGCACACUUGCACCGGUGGGUGAUGGAUUCUGGUAAUAGUGGAGGGAGUCUCCAGUCGUCGAGCGGCGGCGACGACGAGUUCGAUUCGCGGGGAGGCGGUGGUGGUGGUGGGGUGGACUCCUCGCCGCUGUCGGCGCUGCUCCGCCCCUCCUCGUCGUCGGGGUUCUCGCUCCACGGCGGAUCGAUGUACGGGUUCCAGGAGCUCGGCUCGGUGGGGACGUCGUUGCAGCAUCAGCAGGGGGUGCAGCUGCAGCCCUGGUCGGCGGCGCAGUUCGCGGCGGGGGCGCCGUCCUCGUCGUCGCCGCGUGUCGCCGCCGACGCGGGCGUGGCGGGGGCGCACCAGCAGCAGCAGCAGCAGCAGCAGGGUGAUCCGUCGUCAGAGGGGGCGGGGGCGGGGGCGGCGGUGGCCGCGGCGCCGGCGAGGGGGUCGAGGAAGCGGACGCGGGCGUCGCGGCGGGCGCCCACGACGGUGCUGACCACCGACACCUCCAACUUCCGCGCCAUGGUGCAGGAGUUCACCGGGAUCCCUUCGCCGCCGUUCGUCGCGGGCGUCGGGGCACCCGCCGCCUCGCUCCGCACGCGCUUCGACCACCUCUUCCCCUCGCCGGCGUCCGCCCUCCGCUCCGCCGCCGCCGGCGAUCCGGCCUCCUCGCUGCCGCCGUACCUCCUCCGCCCCUUCGCGCAGAAGCUCCCCACGGCGGCGUCCCCUUUCCCGCCCUACACGUCCUCGUCCUCGUCGACGCCGUUGUCCACGUCAACGCCGUCCUCCUCCAACCUCGCCGCCGCCAAUGCCAAUGCCACCACGACGAGCACGGCCGCAGCCACCACCGCCACGUCCGUCAACCCGACCGCGGCCGCCGGAGCCGGCGACACCUUCCAGCUGACGCCCGCCGCGCUCCUCCGGAUGCAGCACGAUGCGACCAGCAGCAGCGGCAGCUACCUCUCCUUCCCCAGCGUCCUCGCCGCCGCGUCGCAGCCCAUGUUCGGCGGCUUCGCGCAGGGCGGCGGCGGCGGCGCGCGGCUGCACGACGCCUCGCCGUCCCCGUCGUUCUCGGAGUUCCUCGGCGGCGGCAUCAGCCUCACCGACGGCGGCGGCUUGAUGUCCUCCGACGCCCUGCACCACCACCUCCCCACAAGAAACGACGCCCACCACCACGGCGGCGACGAGCUGUCCGGCGUCGUCGCGUCCGGCAGCUGCAAGCUCAACUACACCUCCCACGCCGGCGCACCAUCGUCAUCACAAGCCGCCGCCGCCGACAAGCCGCCGGAUGGCUCCACCGCCGCCGCGCGGCCCGCCCGAGGCGAGGGCCUCGACCCAUGGAUCUGUACAUCCGAGUAGUAGACAGAACAGAAAGCAUCAUCAUCACACUGUUCUCUUCUGAUUCUUGUCAACUAGUGGCACCAAGCACCAAGCACAAGAACGAACACGACGCCAUAGCCGCCAUGCAUCACAAACAACAAAGGUCUGAUCGAUUUUAAUUUUUACUUAGCCUUUUUAGCUGUAUACUCACUUCAUGUUACUACUAUUAUUACUGAAAUUAAUCACCACUUCUUCGACUUCGUCUUAUUCCAUCCUCUCA